GUGUGCGCUUCUGCAGAACGGACGUCUCUAAAGCCAGGCACGCGCCCUUGCCUAAACCGUCUUGGGCUUCGCUUGAAUUCCGUGCGCCUAUUCAUCCAUGUUCCGAGUCCCGACUGUUUGGAUCGCUCUCGCCGUUCACUCCACUUCCGGCUCGUGAGGCCGUUGCGUCGCUGUUGCGUGGUGUGAGCGAACGGUCGAUUCGUCGAUUCUCACAUUUUAACCAAUCGGGCGGCUGAAUUUCUCUGAAAUUCAGGAACACCCGUAGAUCCAUACGGCGCGCGGGUGCGCGCGCGUGCGAUACUGCUGCGCGGGAGCGACACCGCGCGCGCGCGUGUGCACAGCGCUCAGGUGGCGAUGGCGAACAGCCGGUACGAGUACGUGAAGCAGUUCGAGCAGCCGGACCGACUGCUGCCGCACUGCUGGAUCGUCAUUCGCGUAGACGGCCGCGGAUUCAGCAAGUUCGUGGCGGAGCACGCGUUCGAGAAGCCCAACGACGAGCGCGGGCUGCAGCUGAUGAACGCCGCCGCCACGGCCGUCAUGGCGCAGGUCCCCGACGUCGUCUUCGCGUACGGCGUCAGCGACGAGUUCAGCUUUGUCAUGCGCCGUGACUCCAACCUGUACGAGAGAAGAGCCAGCAAGCUGAUAUCAGUGGUGGCGUCGCUGUUCGCCGCCUCGUACGUGCACAGCUGGUCGCACCACUUCCCCUCGCAGCCACUGCUCUCCCUGCCGUCCUUCGACGCCCGCGCCGUCCUCUACCCGUCCACCGCUGUGCUCCGAGACUACCUCUCCUGGCGCCAAGUCGACUGUCACAUCAACAACCAGUACAACACGUGCUUCUGGAUGCUCGUCAAGUCAGGCCUCACGCCCAAGGAGGCACAAGAUACCAUCAAGGGCACGCUAGCGGACGCCAAGAACGAGCUGUUAUUCACGCGCUUCGGCGUCAACUACAAUGACCUGCCAGCCAUCUUCCGCAAGGGCUCCUCUAUCUUCCGACGCCAGGUGGAGGAGCAGGUGGAGGGCAAGCAGCAGCCGGACGGGCGGCCCGUGGUGAGGAAGCGGUCGAAGCUGGUGGUGGCGCACGAUGACAUCAUCGCUGAUGCAUUUUGGGCGGCGAACCCACACCUACUGGGGGAGUAGCCGAAGGGGAAGGCUGGUGCAAGGGGGUUGUUGAGUUUACUUUUGAGUUGACUCAGAAGGCGAAUGCACACCUUUUGGGGGAGAAGCCCGAAGGGAAGGGGGGUGCAAGGGGGCUGUGGGGGGGAAGGGGGUAUCAAAGUUAGAAUAAAUGACUAGAAUGAGAGAUAAAUGAGAGCUACAAGGGGUUGUACUCUCUAAGGGUACGCACCUAUCUAGCCUAUAACACAUAUGUAUGUUUUGACACACCCCCUAGGCUAGAUGAGGGGCAGUGCCUGGCAAGAGACACACAAUUCA